AGUCCCCGCUGUGACCGCCCUCGGCAAUCGGGCCUGUGAUCCCGCCGACCCGAUCCGCAUUAAUGCGCGCGCGCGCGGGGGUCACCCUCCUGGAAGAAUAGCAGGAAUUUUCAUCACUUCCCCUGGAAAGAAUGCGCCGCGCCACAGCCCCGGGCCCGACACGACCCGGGGUUCAGAGGGAAGCAGCCAUGUCGGGCACAUACGAUGACUCCAUGAUCGACGUCUCCAGCGACAGUUUCUGGGAGGUGGGGAACUAUAAGCGCACGGUAAAACGUGUGGACGACGGGAACCGCCUGUGCAAUGACCUGAUGACCUGCAUCCACGAGCGCGCCCGCAUCGAGAAGGCCUACGCCCAGCAGCUGACCGAGUGGGCCAAGCGCUGGAGGCAGCUCGUGGAGAAAGGCCCUCAGUACGGCACCCUGGAGCGGGCCUGGACCGCCCUGAUGACCGAGGCGGAGAAGGUGAGCGACCUGCACAUGGAGGUGAAGGCGGCGCUGAUGGGGGAGGAUUUCGAGAAGGUGAAGAACUGGCAGAAGGAGGCCUACCACAAGCAGAUGAUCGGGGGCUUCAAGGAGACCAAGGAGGCGGACGACGGCUUCCGCAAGGCGCAGAAACCCUGGGCCAAGAAACUCAAAGAGGUAGAGACGACGAAGAAGGCCUACCACUCGGCCUGCAAGGAGGAGAAGCUGGCCGCCAGCAGGGAGAGCAACAGCAAGCUGGAGAAUAACGCCAACCCGGAGGCGCAGAAGAAGCUGCAAGACAAAGUGGAGAAGUGCCAGCAAGAGAUGCAGAAGGCAAAGGAGCGCUAUGAGAAGUCCCUAGACGAGCUGGAUAAGUGCACCCCGCAAUACAUGGAGAACAUGGAGCAGGUGUUCGAGCAGUGGCAGCAGUUCGAGGACAAGAGGAUCCGCUUCUUCAAAGAGCUGCUGCUGGAGGUGAAGAACCACCUGGACCUGUCAUCGAACCACAAGUUCCAGACCGUUUACCACACGCUGGAGGACACCGUCAAGGCCGUGGACGUGGAGGAGGACCUGAAGUGGUUCCGGUCCAACCACGGUCCCGGGAUGCCCAUGAACUGGCCGCAGUUCGAGAAUCUCGACCUCUCCCGCUCUCGCUCCCAUAAGAGAAGGUCCAUUGUAGACUGGUCCGUCGACCUGAACCGCACCCUCAGCAGACGAGAUAAGAAGAAGCCGGGAGACGGAGUCACCCUGACUGGGAUCAACCAGACCGGGGAGCAGGCAGCCAAGAGCAGCAGCAGCCUUACUGUGCCCAACAGCACAGAGCAGGUGGGCUCAAACCCCUUCGAGGAUGACGAAGACGAGGAAGAGGCACCCGCAGAACCUCCCAACAGCAGUCCAGCCAGUGUCGUAAAAGAGGAGGUUAAAACCAAAACCACUAGCAGUGCGGAGAAGACCCAGGAGUGGUCGGACGAGGAGACGGGGAACCCCUUUGCCGCUGACACCGCCAACGGGAAUGGGACCGGGACCGGGACCGGGAAUGGGAACGGGAACCCCUUUGAGGACGAGCCCUCGACCCCAGUCCUCUCUGUGCCUGUCCGCGCCCUCUACGAUUACGAAGGCCAGGAGCAGGACGAGCUCAGCUUCAAAGCAGGUGACGAGUUCACGAAGAUCGCGGACGAGGACGAUCAGGGCUGGUGCACGGGCCGCCUGAAGGACGGGCACGUGGGGCUGUACCCGGCCAACUACGUGGAGGACAUCCAGUAAGCGCGGGAGAGGAAGGGGGAGACAGGACAGGAUGGGACAGGACGGGACGAGAGAGGAGACGAGGCGCUGGCGGCGGAGGCGGAGGAGGGCCACCCGUGUGAGCGAUGCGCGGAGGACGGAACACGAUGGUGGCAGACACCCACCCGCAGCUAUUUCUGAUCUCUGACACUUUUACCGAGGUUGCGGCUAAGAGCCUGAGAACAAGUACCAAAUCAGAGCAAAUGCACAGCAGAGAGGAUUUGACCAGUUCCCACAGGUCAUCCCCCGUCAAGAGCGAGCACAGCAGCUAAGACUGAACCAAUCCCGACAACUCAUCCCCCCAAUGAGGAGCUAACACAACAGAGAGGAUUCAGCUCAUUUCCCACAACUCAUCCCCCCAAUAAGGAGCUAACACAGCAGAGAGGAUUCAGCUAAUUCCCAUAACUCAUCCCCCUGUCAAGAGUAGAGAGAGCUGAACCAAUCCCUAUCAAUGGCAACUACAGUGCAGAGGAGAUUCAGCUUAUCCCCACAGCUUGUCCCUCCAUAAAGGACUAACGCAGGGGAGAGGAUUCGACAAAGCCCCAUAACAUGGUUCCCACACUGCAAAGAACAUUUAGCCCAUCCCUGUAACUAAUCCCCUCAGAUCAUCCCCCAUAGAUACAUAACACACUGCAGCAAGGAUUCAGGUUCUCUCUAAUGAUUCAUCCCCAUGACUAAGUAAUAGAAAGUACUACUACUGCACAGCAGUGAAGAUUCGGGCCAUCCCCAUUUAGGACCCAUUGGUGAUUAGUGCUGGAAAGACAGCACCCAGACUGAGCCAGCCUGCAGUGUAUCUGAAGACCCGGCUGAGUCGUAUGUGCAGAGGAGACGGGAUGCACUGCUGUGCUUUUUUGAUCAUUCAGUAUGCCUUGUACAUAUGAUUUUACAACUAUGUUUUAAUUACUUUCAUUUUUUUAAUACACAUAUGAAAUAUUUUUUUUCCUCUGCAGUCUAAUGCAUUGCAGUGUGAUAGAUUGCCAAGGUCAAUUGUUCCCCAAACCACAAGUAGACAGUGACAGAUGUUCCCCUUUCUGUCACUCUCCUGGUCACAGACACCGAGGUGCACGCAGGUCACGUUUUCCCUGGCAGUACACACAUCCAGCGGAAGCAUUCUGCAGUCUUUCACAACUGUUACAAUUUUAUGUCUGUUACUAGGAACACACACAACAUCAAAUGCUGACCCCCAUCGGUGUUCAGCGGCACCUAGCACCAUGCUGCAAUGGUAUUUAGAGUGAAUGUCGUGUGGUUAGGUUAUCGUUUUGUCUUUCAUCACAAUGAGCACACCAAACCCUUCGCUUGGAUGUACUUUUAGUUUGGGGUUAUUGAUACGGGCCACUCCUUGCACAGGGAGCUCAGCUACAGUGGUUGAUUCGCAUUCUUAACUUCACUGACCAAUCGUUUGUGUCCCCAGGUCGAUUACACUUUGCAGGCUCAUCAUGAACUUUUCCGAAUUGUGACCUUUCGCCCUGCUGUCCAAACGAUCACGCCAGUUGGCGCCCCAACAGACUAAAUUGAAAGGUGUUGAACAGAGAUUUGUGAAAGGGGUGGGUUACAAAUAUUGGGUUCAGAAUGUUUUUUUUUUUUUUUUUUUAAAAAAAGAUGUCUCUCACUUGAAGCUACGAUAUUUAUUCAAGCUAGCACUGGAAGCAGAAUGCCAUGCUGUUCAAGGAGAUUAUUGAACUGCUGGUGUCAGAUGGUCUUGGCAGCAUCUGACCCCUGAUUGAAUGUUUUCACUUAAGAACUAUAAGAAUAAAACAAUAUUUUUGCAUGUAAAUAAAGAUGAACCUAUGAACAAGUAAAGCAGCAAAU